CAUAUACUACACAUUGGUUAUAAAUAAUGCUAAUUAACCACCAUGAGUCUAAAGAUUAUAUUUCAUUUAAUAUGACCGCAGUAUUGUCAUUAGACAUUAUGAAAGUACACAUGUGUUUCGUAUUGCUUAACUUGGCAAUUGCAUUUGUGAAAGGCGAUUAUUGUGAUUGCAAACUAAGUGUCGGUCAGCAGCAAUCAUCUUACAGUAGUUUUUCAGAAAGACUUGAUUCCGAAGAGGAGCUAUUAGAUAGCUUAGAGAAACGCUUUAAACGACUACAAGAUAAUAAUGCGUUCACGCUGCAGAGGUUGGGUUCGUCUAAAUCUACUACAGAGAGUCUCGCAGAGACAGUUUAUAAACUAGCUGAUACAUGUCGCGAAGGGCAUCUCCGCUGCUUGGAAUCUGGCGAAUGUAUCCACGCUCUCUUGGGCUGCGACGGUAUACUAGAUUGCCUUGAUGGAUCAGAUGAAGAUCCGUUCUCUUGCAUAAAUCCUUGGAAACCAGGAAUCGUAACCGAAUGCAUUGUCCCUGUGGGUCAAACAUGUUUCCCGGAUGGCGGUGAUGUACGUUUAAUUGGGCAUAUUAAGAAGGUUGUUGAUUCAAAAUGGUUCCCACAAGUUGCUAAACUACAGGGAGAAAUACAGUACUUCUUUAACAAAACAGACGGCACUCAAAAAACGGACGCAGUAAAUUUAUAUGCGACAUAUUUCACCGCCAGUGGUAAAUUUUACACCAAGUGGGGAAAUGACGAAUACGAUUUCAAAGUUGAAGCGGAGACGGCAUACUAUUAUGGAUCAACCAGAAGUUAUGCACGAAUAUACAAUGGCGCCAACCACAAAAACCUUUGUGGUGGAUGUUAUUUCAUGCCUGGAAAUGCAUAGACCAUCGACGUCAUCAGUUUAACAUAUUUAUAAUGAUACUGUUAUGUAUUUUUUGUAGAAUGGACUCAAUUUGAUGUGACCUAUUUUCAAUUGCCUUUUAUGUACUUAUCAAAUGUUAUCUAGACUUUAGUAAAGACCUUUCGAAAUAAGAA